UUUGAGCAGUUUUGAGYCAGAAAUUCGCCUAUUUAGUGAAGAAAAUUAUAUUCCAAUUUCCAAAUAUGGUAAGUACAUUCCUUAUAUGGUAAAAGAAACGUCUCGAGCGGAAGGACAACUUUUCUAUUUGGAAAGUUUGAUAUGAGCGAAGAAAACAAAAAUAAAUCAAUAAAUAUAAAACAAACUGAACCACCCGUAAUGAAACAGCAUUUUCUGAAUCUAUCAUCAAAGGCAGUGUUAGCAUACAGGCAGCUGAUCAUUGAUAUCGUGGUUUUGUUGGGUGGUAACGUCAACACCACUGCCAAGAAAGCUGACGAGAUCAUUCGUUUGGAAGCCCAACUUGCAAACGUAACUUUAACUGAAGCAGAAUGGCGACCAUAUGAACCGGACACCAAAACUGUUGAACAACUUCAAAUGGAAGUGCCUGAGCUUAACUGGUUUAUUUACUUAAAUAAACUGUUUGAACCAUCUACGAUUCCUAAAAGUGAGCCAAUCAUCCUGCAUAUAUUGUCCUACCUAAAGAAUGCGAUGAAAAUUAUACAGAACACGCCAAAGAGGAUACUGGCAAACUAUAUGGUAUGGUACGUGAUACAGUACGAGAUCGGGUGGCUUUCUAAGCCUUUCAGGGACGCUCUAGGAAGGUUUGGCCAAGCAGUAUAUGGUAUAACAUUUGAAGAAGAGCGUUGGAAAACGUGUUUUUACUCAGCACCUGAAGCUUUUGAUGACGUAUUAACCGCUGCAUAUAUCCAGGAACAUCAAGCACAACUUGCAAAGCAAAUAAGCUUGGCAAAACAAAUUACGAAGAAACAGAUUCAAGCUUUUAAAGACAACCUCAACUUGCUAACCUGGAUAGAUGGUGCAACUAAAAGUCGAUUAUAUCAAAAGGCUGACUGUAUGAGCUUGAAUUUCGGUUUUCCCAGUUACAUGUUGAACAGCACAAAAUUGGCUUCCUUAUUUGAAAAGUACAGAGGCCUAAACAUCACAGCUGCCACAUAUUACAGAAACCAGAUAUCCAUCUACGUGAAUAAUCGACAACGACUACUACGCGACUUGAGAAAGCCAAGAGAUAAGACAUUAUGGUAUAUGUCUCCUCUUAAAGGAAUAGCCGAGUACGAUCUUAUAGAUAAUGAAAUUACUCUCUCAACUGUCUAUCUUCAGCCACCAGCAUUAUAUACCAGCAAAUUCCUAAGAGCUUAUACCUUGGGAAAUUUUGGUUUACUUUCUAGUCAUGAAAUCAUGCAUGGGUUUGGCGUUGAUGGUAGAUACUUUGACAAGGAUGGACAACAGAGAGAAUGGUGGUCAAAUAUUACGCUUGAAGAAUUUGAUAAAAGGAAAAAAUGCUUCGAAAACCAGUAUUCAGAAUACAAAGUGUUAGGGAAAUGGCCUAUCAACGAAAAUACUACAGUUGAGGAGAAUAUUGCAGACAACGGCGCUAUGAAAAUAGCACUCAAGGCAUAUUACAAUUGGGCAAAGCAAAAUCCCGAUGGAACAUGGCUGCUACCAGGACUCAAUUAUACCAAUGAACAGCUCUUCUACAUUGGAUUUGCUCAGCACUUUUGUAGUAACUCUACCCUUCAAGAUCGAUACGAAUCUAAUCAGGAUGCAAAUCAUGCAGAUGACAAAUUCAGGAUUAUUGGUUCGUUAGCAAAUUCCUGCGAGUUCGCCAAUGCAUUCAAGUGCAGAAUCAACAGCCCAAUGAAUCCAAUCAACAAAUGCUAUCUGUGGAGUAAAGAAGGACCAUUGGACUAAUAACAUUUUAGUCCCUUGAUAAUUCUAUAACGCGCCAUACUGCAAUCCACGGAUAUGCUAGGCAUUAAACAAAGAAGUUCAUUAUAAAUAAAUAAAAUGGAUGUUCAAAGAUGCCUAGUUUAUUGUUUCAGUCAACCUUCUUGCCUGUGUAGCCUCAAUAAUCCUGUUUUUACAACCAUCACCCCCGUACAGGGUUCUUUCGUGAGGCCAAUCUCGUACCCUGAGCCCUUAUUUCGUACUGAGCAUGCUCGACAGAAAAUAUUGGGCUCCGA